UAUUUAUUUGUCAAUAUUGUUUUUGUAUCAGUUUUAUCAACAUCUAUUAGAUUAAUAUUAGAUUUUAUACUUAUUUUAACAUUAAGUGAUUUUGUAAAUCAGCUAUGCCAUUCACUUGUUCGGACAUAUGCAAGAUACUUUUUGCCGUCAUCUUUCCCCCAUUGGGCGUAUUUUUGGAGAAGGGCUGUGAAUGUGAACUAUUGAUUGCCAUAGCGUUAACAUGUCUCGGAUAUAUACCGGUCAUGCCGUUUACCUGUUCGGAUAUAUGCAAGAUCAUUUUUGCCAUCUUUUUACCCCCGUUGGGCGUACUGUUGGAAAAGGGCUGUGACUGUGAUCUACUAAUUAAUAUAUUGCUGACAUGUCUCGGGUAUAUACCGGGCAUUAUUCACGCCCUGUAUAUUAUAUUUAAAUACUGA